GAGGGAAGUUAGUUCACACAAUGAGAGUGCCACUGUUUUUCUGCUCUCAGAAGCAUUUGCAUCAAGGCCAGGAGAUUAAACGUGUGGGUUGGGAACUGGAGAGAGUGUGUUGUCUCACUUGGGGCCCCCGAUGCCAGAGUUCUAGCUUUCAUCGCACUGGGUGAAAGAUUUCUCCUGGACGUUUCGCUCUCUGUGGCUACAGGCUCCAUGUUCAGUGCAGUAUUGCUGGUGGUUGGCAUCCUGCUGCAGAGGAAACUAGUUACCACAGAGGGGCAUAGUGGGACCAACCGCCAUGUCUACUAUGCCGUUCAGAUGGAUGGCGGCAUCAGAGCUGCCAGAGCCCUGGCCAAGCAGCACGGACUGGAGUUCAUCCAACGGGUUGGCAGCCUGGACGGUCUGUAUACCCUAAGAGACAUCAGGGGGCGCCCUGACAGAGCCACCUUUGAGAAAAGGCUUGCUACCGCAGCAGGGGUUCAUUGGGUGCAGAGGCAGCACCGUCAUUAUAGAGACAAACGGGUUCCUGUGACACGACUGGACCACAGUACAACUACAAGUUCCCGGAGGAGUGAAUCUGCAACUGACAGGCAGCCUGAGGAGAAUAAGAGUGACCAGUCCCUCCCCUUCAAUGACCCGCUCUGGCCCAUGCAGUGGGAACUGUUUGCACAGGGCGAGUACAACUCCAGUGGGUUUGACCUAAAUGUGAUGCCAGUUUGGAUCAACAACAUCACUGGUAAUGGAGUAGUGGUCAGCAUCAUUGAUGAUGGUAUAGAUCACACAAACAAGGACCUGAAGAAAAACUUUGAAGCCCUUGCGAGUUUUGACGUGCGUGCUUCACACAGUCUGUCUCAUGAUCCCAUGCCUGUCAGAGAUGAGGAAAAUAGUCACGGUACCCGGUGUGCAGGGGAAGUUGCCAUGGAGGCCAACAACUCCUACUGCGGUGUGGGCAUCGCCUUCAAUGCCAGGAUCGGAGGUAUCCGCUUGUUAGACGGCUCUGUCACUGAUGCCAUGGAGGCCACAGCUCUGACCUUCAACAUCCACUUCAUCGACAUCUACGUCUGCAGCUGGGGCCCGCGGGACGACGGGGCCGAGAUGGACGGGCCGCACAACCUGACAGCGCGAGCCCUUCGGCUGGGAACUCAAAAGGGCCGAGGUGGGAAGGGCAGCAUCUUUGUGUGGGCAGCAGGUAAUGGUGGAAUGCAGCGUGACCACUGUGGUGCAGACGGUUAUGUUAACUCCAUCUACACCAUUGCCAUCGGCGCUGUCUCUCAAACAGGGAAGCCCACCUACUUCGGGGAGCCGUGCCCCGGUGUGAUGGCCGUCACUCUCACAGGGGCCAGCGUGGGAGGCUCACUACCUCUGGUUACUGUCACUGUGACCAACAUUGCUGAUGGCUGUGUCACACACUUUCCAGGAACAUCCAGUGCUGCUCCGAUUGCUGCGGGGAUUCUGGCUCUUGUCUUAGAAUUAAAUCCUAACCUGACGUGGAGGGAUCUUCAGCAUCUGAUUGCCGAGACAGCAAAGAUCCCUGACCCUGAAGAGCCUGGGUGGAACAUCAACGCAGCAGGACACCAUGUUCACCAUAGGUAUGGAUUUGGAUUGUUGGAUGCAGGGCUGAUGGUGCAGCAGGCCGCACACUUCAACACUGUUCCUCCACAGAGGAAGUGCACGCAAGAAAUCACACUCCAUCCUACCAGGAUCCUUUCUCCAGGAGGCAUUGUCAGUGUGAACAUCCAAUCAGAGGCUUGCCGUGGUAGGACUAACGAGAUCAACACUCUGGAACACGUUCAGGUGAGGGUGAGCAUCAGCGCUGUGUGUCGCGGUGACCUCUCCAUAAGCCUGGAGUCUCCAGCCGGCACUCUGUCGCUGCUGUUGGACACGCGGCCCAAUGACGCCUCUACUGCUGGCAUGAAAAACUGGACCCUGAUGACGGUGCACUGCUGGGGAGAGCUUCCCCGAGGCCUCUGGACCCUCCAGGUGAUUGACCACAAAGGCACAGUGAGGAGCUGUACAAGGCCGAAUGUCGAGGAGGCAUCCGGAGCCUUGCUCAGCGUUACACUCAUCCUCUACGGCACCUACCACCCACAUAGGACCACGCGCGAGGGACCCCUGCAGAGUAUUGUGUCCAUGGGGUCGCGUCACCCCGUCCCUCACAGGGCGGUGUACCAGAGGGACCGUUACCCCCCUCUGGACCUGAUUCAAUGGGUCUACAAAAUGGAGAGAGACAGGAGGGUACGGGCUGCAGAUAUCACCGUCCCAGCCAGACACAAGAUGUUGAAGAUUCCUGGAAACUUAGUGUUGGAUAACCAGACCCUCAGCAAGCUCCAGACACCCAGUAUGGUUUUUCAGUUACAGCAGACAGAUGUUGUACAAAAGUCCUCCACGGGGCCAAAACCUUCUGCUGUGGGGGAGCUUCAUAAGACAAAGACCAUCGGCGAUAAUGUGGACAGAGAGACCAGGUCCUUACCAUCACAGAUUCUCCGGGAUGUGGUCAUGGAUGUAAAGGAGGUGCAACAGUCAGACUCUUCAGAUCCAGAAGGAGGGACGGGACAGCGGGCAGGGAACUGAAGAAACACAUAUGAGGCAUGGUUAAUUAAACACUGUUGUUUUCCACAGUGCAGCAAGCCGAUUGAUCGUAAAUCAAUUCCAUGUACAGUACUUGGACUGUGUGGCCUCGGUGUUGGCACAGAUUAUUUAUUGGGAUUCCUAGCUUGGCUUUAAAACUCAAUCACUCUCCACGCCACACAAACACACACAAACACACACAAACACAUAAAUCCUUCCCCAAAAACAAAUAGUUUCAGGAGCAGGUCUCUGCACUCAUCUCCCCUUCUUGUUUGCUUUCGGAAGUUGCAAAGGUUAGUGAAAGAUAUGUUUGUCUUUUUCCACUUCAUUGAAGGGUGAACUCAGCUCAGUGCAAUAAGAAAUGGAUUACCCAUUCAUUAAAGGGGCUGUGUCACUCCUCAUUGAGUUGGACAAAUAGCAAAUUAAUUUCUAGCCGCCUAAUUUCUCACUGUUCUCCGCUGAAUUUCCGAUAACGUCGAAUUACUGAUCACAGCCAUGUGAACUCCCUCAACUUUUUAUCAAUUCAUUAAAAAUGUGCCACAGCGGAGAUGCUACAGAGGAAAUUCUCUCUUAUUUCUGCAUGCUUCCUUUACUACCACAACACUGUAUACAAACAGAGAUCAACUCAAGUGUUUAAUUGAAAUUAGGAUAUUAAAAACACCAGAAACCGUCACAGAAAGUGUUGGAAAAAGUUCCUUUGUUGCUAUUUUGGAAUCAGCCAGAAACUUUUUGCCAGUGCAUCUGAAUAUGAAAGAAAGAUGCAAUGGCAGCUUUUUCCCAGUCAAGUGCAGGUCUGUAGGUAGUGGUGUUUUGUAAAGUAGCACUAGUGUAUUGACAGGGCAGUAUUGAUGUUUCAAUUAGAGCAGCGUUACAUAGUGCCGCAGCAUGGUAACACGGUGCGUCUCCUGCCAUCUGCUCUGCCUCCACGUCUGACGAACGAGGCACGUGGGGCUAAUCGAGCUGCACAUGAGCGAUGGGACCGCGAGAUCUAUCACACACACAAACACACACACACACACACUUAUCCAAUACGCACGUCCUUAUGCAGAAAAAUGGGGGGAAAGACGAGGGAGAGCUCCUCAGCCCUGCUGUUUAAACAGCCUUCAGAAAGCCUGCGAUUCCUCCCCUUCUCCCUUCACAUGUGCCACAGGAGCAGCCAGCAGGUUAUUGCUCUGACAAGGAAACAGGCAAACGCACCAGAUGCACAAGUUAAAAUUCUUCAAAAGCUUAUCUGACGGAAAGACAAAAAAAGGGAACGGCUUCUGCCAGGUUUCCUCGUGCUGGGACGUUCUGAAAUAACAGUGUGCAUAAUGCCUGUCGUUAUUGCCAGCCAAACCACACGAAUCAAAGACCUCAUUGUGUGGAUUACCUCGUUAAUCUGUUGAUGCCAUUGAGUAGUAUUGCAGGUGUUAAUGUGCCAGUUUUUUCUUCCCUCCUCUCUUAUUCGGGAGGUGUAGCGUUAGGUUGGUAAUCUGCUUUAAAUGCUUUCUGGGGAAUGAGACAUGCUGAAACCCAGCCAAGAGAACUCUGCUAUCGUGAAGAGCUUUCUCUUAAUAUGGCACACAGAGGGGACUGACAGACUGAGGCUGCGGCGCCGAUGCCAAUGGGGACGAACUAGUGAGCUACACGCCCCGCACCACUUGUUGAAAUAUAUGACUGUAUGAAUAAUGAAAGAGGGAGAGGAAAGUGAUAUUGCUAAAGCAGUCCCGCAAUGACGUCCAUCACAGAAGUGCCUCAGUGCUCUUUUUCGUCUCUUUCCUCCUGCAAAAAAAAUAACUCCCAAGUUGUGUCUCUUUGGAAGAGCUAACCAAAGCUCAGCUCUGUGCCUGCCUGAGCUGAUUUAGAGGUGAACUCCUAAACCAGAAAAAGAGACAAAGAUAAAGAGACAGAGGGAAAGGGACAGAAAGAGAGGUAAUCCUCCCUUUUUUCUGCUCCCCAGGGUGGUCUCUUCAUCCAGGGCCUCAAAGAGGGACAGAAUGCACCUCCCCGCUACAAUGGAGGGGACCCACAGGGGCUGUUGCUAUCUGAGUGUGUGUGUGUGUGUGUGUGUGUGUGUGUGUGUGUGUGUGUGUGUGUGUGUGUGUGUGUGUGGUGUGGGGGUGCAGCUUUAAGCAGGCCUUUGAGUGGCCUAAUUGCAUUGGAAUACAGCAGCCUGAGAGCUGGCUCAGAUCACGGCGGGCUGCUGGAGGGGUUAGCGCCCGCACCUCGACAGCCACACUCAGCAAAAGAGCCCCGGCACAAUGCACACAAUUAAUGCUCUCCCUCUCGUUAACUCUCUCCCCACUUUUUGUCCUCUCCCACUUUUCUCUCUUUCUCCUCCUUCUCACCCCAUAUCUUACUCUCUCUCCUCUGCCUCUCUUGUUCCCUCCCUCCCUCCCUCCCUGCCUGCCUGCCUGCCUCCCUCCCUCCCUCCCCAGCCCAGUAUGUAGUCACUCACCCACUGUAUUAAUCCUCCCAUACAGCCUGUCAAUCUCCCUCUCUUUGAUUCACACAACAAUUACGGUAAGCAUGAAAGUCGUGGGUCGGCUCUCGUUAUGUAAGACUUGCAACGAGCCCUAGCGAGAAUUAUUGAUAUCUGAACAGCUAAUCUGAAAUAAAACCUCCACAACAUGACAUCCCUGUUAUUAGUUUUGCAACAAUUGAUCUGGGCUUGAUUAAAAAGUAUUGAAUGUUUUGGCUUUUACUGUAUAUAUUCCACAGUGUAAUAAGUUACAUAGUUAUAACGCAGGGCUUAUAUACAGUCUUAUAAAUUAAAGGAGAUUGGUUCAGUUCUUCUGAUUUUUGACUUUGUAUCUGGUCUUAUAUUAGCUAAAUAAGUCAGUGUUGUGGCAUGUGGUAGAUGCAAAGCAAAGACAUUUCCAUUUUGUCAUGAUUGUUCCCUAAAGAUGAGACUGUAAUAAACCAAUAAUGCUCCAAC